UAACCUGGGUCUACUCUUUAACAGGUUUGUUGUCUCUCAUUUCGUUUUAUUGCAAAAUGAGAAACUUCAUUGUUGUCAUUUUAACAGUACACUGUCUCAUACUACUGACGGAUUUCUGCAAAGCUCAUAAUACUGAUCACGACAAUCGUAAUGAUGAGAAUAACGAUCAUCACUUCGAGGAAAAUGAUGUGAUUUUGAGCCAAGCUGCAGUACCCGAAUUGAAUCUGGAAUCACGAUUCCGACGCUCCACGAGUCAACAUGAAAACGGCGGACCUGCCAGAGGUGGACACGGUAAAGGUGGGUUCGGUAAUGACGAAUCCAGCAAUGGUGGACCCAGUAACAGCGGAUUCGGAAACAGUGGAAGCGCUGCGGACAACAACGGACCAGGUCAACAAGGUGAGCCCGGGGGACAUGGAGAUCAUCUAGAAAAUAGACCAGGUCAGGAACAGGACAAUAAAGGCAAUUCAGCUCAAGGCGGACGAGAUGGAAAUUAUUAAAUUUAUUUAUAGAAAUAUAAUUCCAGAAAUCUGAGCCAUAGUAAAAA